UCUUCACUCUUCAACACAAUUUUCAUCUUCUCCACUCUCAUUCUCUCUCUCUCUCUCUGACACGUAACUAACUAUCCAUCCUGGAUUCCUAUCCUCUCGACACACACAUAUACAAAACACAAAGACACUUAAUAUACAUUUAGAAAGAAGAUGUCGAGCAGAAGAUCAUCACGUUCAAGACAGUCAUCAGGGAGCUCAAGAAUCUCUGACGGUCAGAUUUAUGAUCUUGUAACAAGGCUCCAACACCUUAUCCCUGAACUCCGCCGCCGCCGUUCUGACAAGGUGUCAGCAUCUACGGUACUACAAGAGACGUGCAACUACAUCAGGAACUUGCACAGAGAGGUUGAUGAUCUAAGUGACCGUUUGUCCGAACUCUUGGCUACGGCGGACGACAACAGCGCGGAAGCAGCCAUCAUUAGGAGCUUGCUUAAUUACUAAUAUAUAUUCUCAUAAAUUUAUCUGAGAACUAUUAUAUAUCAUCUAUUGUCGCCAGGAAAUUUAUCUUAUUAUGAUUAUGAGUAUUUUGUUGCCUUCUA